AUGUUCCUAUUAUCAAAAACUACCAGUAAGUUUCAUCGGGGCAUGUCUGAGGAGAACUCACAGUUCACCAUUAGUGGCAAUUCAACGACCUUCAGGGCCAAUGCGCAUACGUGCAAAGGAACGAAUGGUGCUGUAGACACGGAAUCAUCUCUAUCAGAAAGUAGGAGCGAUGAAGAGAACCCAGAGAAAACACCUCGACGCCGAUUUGCGAAGCUGGGCAUUGGUAUAUGGCUUGAUUUGAAAGAUAGGAUACCGUUUUACAAGUCAGACUGGGUAGAUGCCUUUGAUUACAGAGUCAUACCUUCUGUCGUGGACACGUACUUUAAUAACUUACUACCUGCGAUCGCUUUUGCACAGGAUAUGUUUGAUAGAACGGAUAACUCGUAUGGUGUGAACGAGGUGCUUUUAUCCAGUGCCAUGGCUGGUAUAGUGUUUGGUGUUCUGGCUGGGCAACCCUUGUGUAUCGUAGGUGUCACUGGUCCCAUCUCUAUCUUCAACUAUACAGUCUAUGAAAUCAUCAAGCCUCUAAAUACCAAUUAUUUUGGGUUCAUGUUCUGGAUUUGUAUGUGGUCCAUGAUAUUCCACUUCUUUUUGGCAUUCACAAAUGCCGUCUGUCUCUUACAGUACGUGACUACGUUCCCCUGUGAUAUAUUUGGGCUAUUUAUUAACGUGGUCUACAUUCAAAAGGGAAUUCAGAUCUUAACAAGACAGUUCCAUACUGAAUCGGGAGAAAAAUCUAUACAAGAUGGGUUUGCUAGUAUUGUAGUGGCGUUGGUUAUGACCGUUUUUGGACUUUUCUUCAAAUUAUUCCAGAACUACCCCUUAUUUACUCAUCAAAUUAGAACUUUCAUAUCAGAUUAUUCAACCGCACUUUCAGUGUUAUUCUGGUCAUCCUUCACUCAUUUUGGUGGUUAUUUACAAGACGUGCACUUCAAAAAAUUACCAAUAACGAAAUCUUUUUUCCCCACAUCUAAAAUCAAUAGACCUCAAGACACCUGGUUAGCUUACGAACCGAUUCCCGUCAAAGACGUAUUUAUUGCUUUACCUUUUGGCAUAAUACUGACUAUUUUAUUUUAUUUUGAUCACAACGUAUCAUCAUUGAUGGCGCAGAGACAUCAAUAUAGACUGAAAAAACCUUCCUCGUUUCAUUAUGAUUUUGCUUUAUUGGGGAUUACUACUUGCAUCAGUGGAGUUCUGGGGAUUCCUGCGCCCAAUGGCCUCAUCCCCCAGGCACCAUUGCAUACCGAGACACUGUUAGUCCAUGGUUCAAACCAAGAAGUGAUCAGGUGUGUAGAACAAAGGUUCACAAAUACUAUCCAGGGUCUUAUGAUCCUAGGGACGAUGACAAGACCAUUAUUGGUAUGUUUGGGAGAAAUACCUCAGGCAGUGCUUUCCGGAUUGUUUUUCAUCAUGGGAAUUAAUGGCUUAAUGACGAAUGUUAUAAUACGUCGACUGAUUUUCCUAUUCUCAGAUCCCAAGAGGAGGGAUAAUGACUCGCCCUUAGUGAACGUAUCCAAAAGAUCAACCGCGAUAUUUCUUUGCUUCAGUAUAGCAGGGUUUGCAGGGGAGUUUGCCAUUACGAAUACAAUAGCGGCCAUUGGUUUCCCACUGGUGUUACUUCUAAGCGUACUAGUGUGUUUCUCGUUCACUCAUAUCUUCCCCAGUGACGAAUUAAAAAUUCUUGAUACCAAUGUGGCACAAAAAUUUACUAUUAAAAACUUAUUACUGGAAAACAUACGCGAUGCAAAUUUCAGGGACACGCACAUUUAA